GUUAGUCGACUCAGUUCCACCUGUUCCAACCUGACAAUUUAUAUUGAAAUUAGGAAUCAGUCAUCAUGGUGGUUUGCAAGCCAAAAGUAACCAUGGGGAAGUGCAAAUAUAAUAAGGCCUGGUUGGAGAAAAGAUCCUUCUGGACCUGGUUGACAUGAGUUUUCCUAAAUUCUAGGUGUCAUGAAUUUUUUCCAGUAUGGGCACUAACUUCUGUCUGAAACAGUCUUAAACUGAACUUGUAGAAACCUGUAGGAACCCUGCUUUUGGUUUUGCUGUGAAGAUAGAAACGCUUUCUGAGUUCUGUUUGUUUACCUUCUGAAAUCACAUUUGUCCUGAAACACUUGUGUAUGUGUGUGUGUGUUGAAGAACAACAUGACCUUUGACCCCGCUGGAGUCUGCUUUGCUUCCCAGAGGCCUGGAGCGUCUGGAAGAUGAGGGCCGGUGACAUGUCCUUUAUUUACUAGAAGACAAGUAGACCUGUUCUGCAGGUUUUUGUUGCUCCAUAACCCCGGUCUUUAGAAUACUCCCUGAACUCAUCAGGAGGAGCAGCAGUUGGUCCUGAAGGAGCGAACCUUUACAGACUCAAACCCACCAUGGCGCUGCGGCCUCGUGCUUCAUCUCAACCUGGAAAAGUGUCGUUUUUCCAGAGUCCUAAGCUGGCCUCAGCCCUUCGUCCACGGGCUAUUUCCUCCCAUUCCGGCUCCGUUCUGGAAGAAGAACUGUCCUGCCCCAUCUGCUGUGAGAUCUUCAAGGACCCAGUGGUGCUCAAGUGCAGCCACAGCUUCUGCAGAGUGUGUCUUCAACAGUUCUGGAACAAGAAGAAGGCCCGGCGUGAGUGUCCCGUCUGCAGGAGGAAGUGUUCCCUAACGGAGCCCACGGUCAGCCUGGCCCUGAAGAACGUGGCCGACACUUUCCUGAGAGAACAGGACCGCAAGAACGCCGUAGCGGGGAAGGGAGGGAAAGAGGACAAGGAGGUGGAGGUGGAGGAGGAGAGGUGCAGCGCUCAUGGGGAAGUUCUGAAGCUCUUCUGUAUGGAUGACGCUGAAGUCCUCUGCUGUGUGUGUCACACCUCCAAGAAACACUUCGGACAUCGAGUGUGUCCUCUAGAGGAAGGAGCGCAGGACCUCAAGGAAGAGCUGAAGAAAGAACUGAUUCCUCUCAAGAAAAACCUGCGGCGCCUGUAUGAAGCCAAACAGGAGUGUGAUGACACAACUGUGCACAUCAAGAACCAGACUCAGGCCACCGAGAAGCAGAUCCGAGAGGAGUUCGAGGAGCUGCGGGAGUUUCUGCAGAAGGAGGAGUCGGCUCGACUGUCGGCCCUGCAGCAGGAGGACGAGGACAAGAAGGAGCUGGUGAAGAGGAAGUCGGACAGCAUCACCAGAGACAUCCUCACCUUCUCUCACGCCGUCAUCGCCAUUGAGAACGAGAUAGCCUCCAGCGACGCCCUCUUCCUUCAGAAUUACGCCAACGUGAAGAAAAGGGCACAGAUCCCACAGAAGAAUCCGGAAAAAGUGUCAGGGCCUCUGAUUAAUGUGGCCAAACAUGUCAGCUCCCUCAAGUACCAUGUGUGGGAGAAGAUGGUGGAGCUGGUUCAGUACACGCCCAUCACCUUCGACCCCAACACCGCCUACCCCUGGUUGACCAUCUCCAAAGACCUGACCACCGUGGCCAACAGCGGGUCCCUGAAGCAGCUCCCGGAUAACCCCGAACGCUUCGGCCACUUCGUGUUCGUGCUGGGCUCGGAAGGCUUCACCUCGGGCCGCCACGCCUGGGAGGUGGAGGUGGGCGACAAGGUGGACUGGAUGCUGGGGGUGGUCAAGGAGUCCAUCGACAGGAAAGGCCGGAUCUCGGGCUGCCCCGACGGCGGCUUCUGGAUGAUCUCGCACUACGAGGGCGAGUACUCGGCCAUGACCAGGCCCAGCACCCCUCUGCAGCUAGUCGGGGAGCUGACCCGGGUCAGGGUGCAGCUUGACUACGACUCCGGAGAGGUGACGUUCUCCAACCCCGUCAGCAUGACGCCCAUCUACACCUUCCACGACUUCUUCACCGAGAAGAUGUAUCCGUUCUUCUGCCCCGGGGCGAACAUCAACGGGAACAACCCCAGUCCGCUUAAAGUGUGUCCUGUCAAAGUGGCGGUGUGGAACAGCGCCACGUGGUGAUGUCACAACAGGAAACUAGACCUGGACUAAGGCUUAGAUCCAUUUAAAUGACCAGAUGUGUUUAACCAGAUCAUGAUAAGAUCAUUAAAGCAAUUAUUGUUUGAUUUCA